UUUCCGCUCCCCUUCAAGACGGCGGACAGGUGGAGAUCCGCAGGCAUAUUCCUCUUUGCCGACUUUGAGGCGAAAAGGGAGGGGCGCUGUGGCGACCCUUAGGGCAAAGUAUUGACACACAACUGCAUGACGGAUGGCUUCCUGUGAUGCAUGGGCAAAACAAAAUGGGACAACCAAUGGCGUCUGGAAGUUCACGGGAUACCCUGCCUCCUGCCCGUUGACAGCUGGGAUAGGCUCCAGCUCUCCCUGCAACCCUUGUGAGGAUAAGCGGCUAAGAAAAUGGAUGGAUGGAUGUUCAGGCGGCCGCCGCACGUCAAGAGCGACACUCGAAAUGGACUGAACUGUGCCACAAUUUGCAGGCUUCAGGAACUGCAUUCAGAGACGGUGGGUGUGUGGGUGGCACAGACUGGAAACAAAGUGAAGCUCUGAAAUAUCAACAAGUUGCCACCAGGCCGCAGAUUUUGGCGUCCAAAUGACUGAUGCUGACUGAAGACAGCACAGAUGAAUUAUUCAUCGUGAGGAUAGCUCCUUUUUAGUGCAAGGAUUCUGGAUAGGCCACGAUCAGGCAGAAUCAUGUGAUCUGUCACAGUCCCAGUCAAUCAGCAACAAAAGGUUGCUGAUCGCGCUUGUGUUGGAAGGCCUGGACUUUGCCACUGCACACCCGGCAUGCUAACAAGUACUUACGCGUGAACUUCAGAAAGGAAUAAGGAAAAGACAUAUCUGUCAGAUGAAUGAGUACAUUUCUGACAUACAAGGUGCAGUCCUUUAUUGCUCCCAGCGCUUUUCCUGAUUCAUCAGUGCCACACCAGGCCAACUCCCAUCUCCAAGAUGGCCGCGCCCAUGAAACCAGUUUCAGGAAUUACUAGAAGACUCAGAAAUUUCGGUGCAGUUUGAAAGAUCCGUCAAAAUGCUCAGAAAUGGAUCUCAAUAUGGACCACGCUGCUUUGAAAAUGGCUGGCAGUGAAUGAGGUGACGUAUUUUUGUUCAGGACCUAUUAUGAACUUCAAGCAAGUUUGAAUGUCUCUUGUGCUUAAGGUGGCCCUGUUUAAAAUUUUGAGGGGGAUCUAAAUCAUAACGAAGACUAGACCGGCGUCUGUUUUGAAACUUCUCCCACGCAUCUCCAAAAUGCUGCACCGAGCUGUGACGCCUAACAGCACCACCAGCGGCAGACCAGAGCGAAAGAAUGCAAUGCGGAGUUUAAGACCAUUGUAAAGCCCCUCACCCCAACCCCAAACAAACAAAAAAUAAUAAAGCUCAAGGUUUGGCCACCAUGGAACUGCGUGGAGUUAUGUGGGCCUGCUGAGAAACGGAGCACUUGGAUUUUGCGUGAGCUCCACUCCUGUUUUUAUUUUUUAUUUUUUAUUUUUUUUUUUUUUUUUUUUGCUGCUUCCUAUUAUCAGAGCGGAACCUCGGGGCCCAACUGAGCCACUUGAACAGAACCGAUGCCCAGGCCAGGAAUCAGGCAUGUUGUUUCUAUAACCUGAUGACCAGCAGAGCAAUGGUGAGGAAGAAGAAUCCCCCUAUCCGCAGUGUGGGAGGUGAGGAAGAGGAGGAUGAAGAGGGGAGGAGACCAGCGGGCGAGGAGGAGGACGACGGCGAGGAGGAUGAGGGGCGCGUGGGAGCCGAGGCCGACCGAAUAAGCCGCCCCUCCGAGCCCGAGGAGAGAGUCCGGGCUGAUGAGGAGCCCGACGAGGAGGAGGAGGAGGAAGGAGAAAGUGAGUGCAUUUCCUCGUCUCUCUCGCCCUCAUCUGUUGGCAACGAAGAGCGAGGCGGGAAGAGGAGAGGAGGAGGUGGUGGAGGGAGGCCUUCACAAGGAGGACUGAAAGCAGCCGAGUCAGAUCCCGAAGACAAGGUGGGCAAAGUCGUGCCACCCGCGCCGGACACAGCCGGGGAGGAGUCAGUCCCGGACACGCCGCCGCUCUCGUCCAGCCCCUCCCCCAAACUGCAAGACUUCAAGUGCAACGUGUGCGGUUAUGGUUACUACGGCAAUGACCCUGCUGACCUGGUGAAGCACUUUAGGAAGUAUCACCUAGGACUGCACAACCGCACACGGCAGGAUGCUGCACUCGAUACACACAUCCUGGCUCUCCACAACAUGGCGCCCCCGCACACACCUCUAGUCAUGCAGGCAGGAGAAGCGCCCAGGAACCAAGCCAAAGAGUCCGGAAAGUGUAGGCCGGAGCUCCACCAUCAGCAACAUAGGACAGUGAUGAUGAACGGCACAUAUGACAUCCAGGUUACAUUGAGUGGCGCACUUAUCGGAAUCGGCCGCAAGACCUCUGAUUGCCAGGGCAACACAAAGUACUUCCGCUGCAAAUUCUGCAACUUCACCUACAUGGGCAGCAAUUCAGUAGAACUGGAGCAGCACUUCCUGUCCUUGCAUCCCAACAAAGCCAAGACCCCGCCGGCGCCACUCCUUCUGACCAACGACAGCCAGGCCAAAGGGAGGAGUCCAAUAUUGGACGGAGCGGAGCGAGUGUCUGUCCGAGCGGAGGACGACUCCUUGGUAGGGUAUUCCAUCCCCAUCCGGGCAGAUUCAUCCGGCUGGCCGGCGGACGGUGCCCGGGCGUACUACUGGUGCAAGUUCUGCAGCUGGAGCGGCGAGUGGUCAGGAGGUUCGACCAAGCUUUUGGAACACUAUGAGCUGCGCCACAGGAUGAACACGGCGAGCCCGAACGACAUCAGAAGGGAAGGCGAAAGAGAGAAUGUGUUGUCCAAAAGUCGAAAGGAUCUAUCAUCCGGUGUUAAUCAAGGCGAUCCAAACAGCGGUGACACAGAGGCCGUGGUUACCAGCUACAACUGCCAGUUGUGUGACUUCCGCUACUCCAUGGCGCACGCCCCUGACGUGAUCGUGGUGGCGCCGUUGCUGCUGCACUACCAGCACAACCACUCCAUCCACAGAUGCUGCAUCCAGCACUGCAUGUACUGUCCACAGGGCCUAUGUCAGCCGCACAAACACCUCGGAGAGGUGUCCCACCCUUUUGCGUGCCGGAAGCCCACCUGUCCAAAAUGUUGUGCCAAAUUCCCCCAAUCUGCCAAACAGCAAGACACGGGCGGGUCAACGCCGCCUCCUCAUCCCAGAAGCGACCCUAGUGUGACAUCGGCUUCGACCAUUCACCCCUCGAACCCAGUUUCCUCACAAGGCGUCACCCACCUCUGCGACCAGUGCGCCUUCGCCACCGCCGACAUCGACGUCCUUUUGCAGCACUACGACGGCUGCCACAGCCUGAUCAACCUGAAGGGGGCGCCGGCGUACGUUAAGGCUGAAGAACAGGAGGGCGUCGGCAGUGGACCGGACAGGGAGACUGGCCGGGAGUACUCGUGCACAAAGUGCCACUUCAUCACCGAAGUGGAGGAGGAGAUUUUCAGACACUACAGGCGUGUCCACGCUUGCUGUCGCUGUCGCCACUGUGACUUCACGGCUCCCGAUUCAUCGGCGCUCCUCGACCAUUUCAACUUGACCCACUGUCACGACGCCUCGCUGUCCUCACUGACACCCUCCCUGACGCCCUCGGCCAACGGCUGCUCGGCGCCCUCCACCUUGGCCAUCAAGGAGGAGAGCAAGGGGGAUCUGCGCCUCCUCUACUCCCUCGCGCCACCUGAGGGACGUCUGGCCGAGGGAGGCCGCGAGGAGAUUGUCAAGAGCGAAGGCGGUGAGGAGAAGGAGAGGGAGCACGAGAAAGGCUGGGUCCUCGGGGAGGCGCGAGGCGGCGAGCAGGCCCAUGGUCUCCUGUGGGUUCCCAAGGAACGCAUGGGACCCGAACCCACCCUGUUCUCCUCACCUCUGUCUGUGGCGUUCGUUUCCACCAACCACGAGACCUCCCAGCACAAGCGCGCUGGUGGUGUGGCCUCGCCCAGCAUGGUCUACUUAGGAGAUACCAAGUCCUUUUUGGGAGAUGCCAAGCUGUACGGAGGAGGGGGUCGGCCGGGCGGCGGAGCUGCCCCUAGCGGAGGGGAGAAAACGAGCCAGAUGCCGUCUCAGCAAUAUACAGGCGGUGGAGGGAAUGGAGGAGUUCAAGAGGUGAAAGGGGGAGCUACUAAAGAGGAGUCCCAGUCGCUGCUACGGCGGCGGAGAGGCAGCGGCGUCUUUUGCGCCAACUGUUUGACCACCAAGACGUCGCUGUGGAGGAAGAACGCCAACGGGGGCUACGUGUGCAACGCCUGCGGCCUCUAUCAGAAGCUGCACUCGACGCCCAGACCUCUUAACAUCAUCAAGCAGAACAACGGCGAACAGAUUAUCCGCCGGCGGACCCGCAAACGCCUCAACCCGGACACGCUGCCGCCCGACAACCCCGCCCCAAAGCAGCAGCGCGCCGCCGGCGAGGAGCGCGUCAACGGCGACGAGUCGGACAGGAGCUGCGCGUCGGUCAAGAGCCAGCAGCAGCCCUCGCCGCGCUCCCGCUCGCCGCGCUCAACGCAGGCCUUCCUGGCCAACCAGACCCUGGAGAUCCACCGCCGCAUGCCGCCGCUGUUGCUCCCGUCGCACCCCGCUUCCUCAGAGGUGGCGGAGGUGCUGGCCAAAGUCGAAGCGGGGAAAAUGGGCUCCGGCGGCAGCUCGGAAAGAGGAAGUCCUAUCGAGAAGUACAUGCGGCCGUCCAAACCCUCCAGUUACUCUCCUCCGGGCUCGCCGAUAGAGAAGUACCAGUACCCCCUGUUCCCCAUGCCUCUUCCCCUCACGCUCUCGCCCGACUUGACGGCCGAAUCCGACUGGCUGCGCUUCUGGACCAAGUAUAAGAUGGCCGCCGCCGCCUCCGGCAUGAGCAACCUGGGGGGUGCGGUGGGUCUGGGCAACAAUGCGCAAUAUCUGGGGGCCAUGGUGGCCCCGGUGCAGCAGCACCACCAGCAGAGCUACGCGAUGCCUUAUUGCGCCUCACCGUAUUCGCCACUCCCGCCGCCGCCAGCCCCGGCCCAGUACCCGGCCCCGCCUCUCCACCCGCAAGCCACGUCGUCGUCCACGGAGAGCGACGCGCCCUUGGACCUUGCCAUACGGCAACGGGAUGCCAGCGAUUGCGGGGAAAAGAAGAAGCAUCGGUCGCCACCGUCAUGCGAAACCGGGAAAGGUGAGGAUGAGGAAAGCGGCGCCCGGCGAGAGGCGGAAGACGGCAAGCGGGCCGCCCGCGCCUCUGCGGACGUCGCCACGCAGGAUGAGCCCAGCAACCGCUGCCUGCACUGCGCCAUCUACUUCCUGGACGAGGUCAUGUAUGCGCUGCAUUUGAGUUGCCACGGCGACCAGGGACCCUUCCAGUGCGGCUUCUGCCUGCACGUUUGCGCCGACCGCUACGACUUUACCACACACAUACAGCGCGGCUUACACCGGCCCACGAACAAAAAGACGCUGGCGAAGGAUCAGAACGACGCCACCGUGACGCCAGAGCAUCUGGAUUUGGAGCCGGGACAUCAGGCUUUGGAGCCAGAACAUUCGGAUUUAACGGCCAAGAAUUUGGAUUUGACGUCGGAGCAUGUGGACUCGAAACCAGACUUGACCACGGGGGAAAAGGAUGAAAGCGGUGACGGAGCAAAAAGCGACGAUUCCCUCAAUAUUGCCACAGAUGGAAGUGAAGAAGGCAGCAAGAUGGCGCCUGACGGGGGCGGCGGUUCUCCUGACGAGGAGAACACGGAGGCUCAUUGAUCACCCUUGGGAAGGUUGCCGCAUGCUCCCGAAGGUGAACUGGGGCGCACAACGGAGUUUAAAAAAACAGUAACAAAUUCAUCCCAAUGCUGGAAUAAAAAUUCCCCUGCGAAGAGCUAAAGGGACGGGAGCAAACCCGCAGACGACCAGAACCAUUUUUGAUGGUAUCGGCGCUGCUUCGCAGCUGUUACAGCGGUACAACUUGCACACAUUCUCCGACUUUGUGCAAAAAAACCAAAUCUGAUUUGGAAUUGGCGGAACUGCGGCGUCAAAGUCGGGCAGCGCGUCUUCUGCUGUCGGGCUUGAAAAAAAUGGACUUCAAGUAGAUCUGCCCGGCUCCGAAGCCCAAGACUUUUUGCUUCGGUGCAGACGUGGCUGUCUGAAACCAGUCGAAACUGGUCUAAAACCUGGAAGCGCAAUGUUGUCCAUGUCCUGUGUGGUCAGAACCAAGUGACUUUCUUUUCUACCUUCCUCUGUGCCAUGAUACUAGCGACGUGCCUGGCUGCCUUUGCCUGCCUGAUAAUAGAACAAAACAACAAUCUAUUAACCUGCUUAACAUUUGUACCCAAUAAUAAUUAUAAGAAUAAUAAUUAUAAUAAUUAUACUACUAAUAAUAAUGUUCUAGUACAAAAAAAACAUGCAAUUUCAUACACUUUUCUUAUGAUAUAUUAUUUUGUAAAGGCAAAUGUUUUUUUUUUUUUUUCCCAGGACUUGGUACUACAAAAUUAGUUUGUUUUUGUUGUUAUGAAAAUGGUACAAGGAACAUUGUGUGCAUGAGUGUGUUUGUGCAUGUGUGUGUGUGUGUGUGUGUGUGUGUGUGUGUGUGUAUACGCGCGUGUGAGGGUCAAGGGCGCGUCCGUCCCCGAUCUUGGAUGUAAACAAAAUGAAGGUUUGCUAUUUCAGUCCUCAGGGGUCACGCGUGUUGCACACCAGCCCGUCUGCUUUUUAUUUUGAUUUGAUUGUUAUGACUAUUUUUGAACUUGUACAAUGAUGUAGCUGAUGUCAUUAUGUUCUCACGUACGGGGUGGGGGGGGUUAGGGGUCCUCGAUUUACAACAGAGUUCCAAUCUUACGGCAACGAAGUAACCCGAACUUUUUUCUCGCAGUAUUAGGACUUGAAUCAAGUGCAGUUUGACUUUAUUCACCAUCAAUUUGAAACUUUUCUCUCACAAUAGUCAAUUUUUUUACGAUCAUUAUCACGUAAAAGCGUGACUUUCAUAAAAUUUGAGCUUUUGGAAAUGUACACAAUUUUCUUUAGAAUCAGAACCUGACGUAGCGAAUAUUUGUAAGAAAAUACACUUUCCACGAAUACACAAAGUCAAAUGGAAAAGCAGUAAACAUGAUUUAUUUCUGUAAGCGCUUCAUAUUUCGGGACCAUCGUAAACCAGGGACCCCUACAUAGACCAUGUUCUCAUUUUUUUUUUUUUUUUUUUGGUCAACUUUACGUGUUUAACGUUUGGGUUCUAAUCAGUAAUCAGUGUGCUUAAGGUUACCUCCUCAGUAGUAUUACUGACGCAUUUUCUAGUGCAAUCACUUCACAGGAAAUCCUCCCCCCCAUCCCGCCUGCUUUAUUUUUUUUCUGGCAUCUAUUAGAUGUGUCUGUUAUUUAUCAUCAGAAUAUUUUUGUACUUAACUGUUUACAUUCAGAGUUGUGACAUAACCGGUUUGGGGAAAAAACUUUACCCGCCUUGCUGCCUUAGUUCCCCUCCGCCUUCCACGAAAAAAAGAGAGGGACUAAAAUGAAGGAAAAAGAAGCCUUGGGAUGCUAUUUUUCAUAUCCCUAAAUGAAAUCCCGCCUAGUGCCUGCUCACACAUUUCCCAACUCAACGUUUUUGUCUUUGGCUGGAUUUACGCCACAGGUUCAAGUGGCCAAUUUCAAUUGAAUCAUGAUGCAUAUGCAAUAUUCUUGCGUUGGUAUUCACUAAACACGAGCAUCAACCCGCGGUAAGUCUAGAAGCGUCAAUAACAUAACGCAGAAAUAAACAAUACAUAAUUGAUGCAAAUAUAAAACAUGGCCUUAUCUUCUCCCCCAUUGAUUUCAAAAUUCGUGCAACCUCCACAUUACUCCAUAUUCUUUUGCUUAUUUGUUGAUGGACACACCAGCAAUGUGGCACCUUGAGACGAAAUUGCAUUAAAAGUAAUUUACAUUUUUUUUCCCAAGCCAUCUAGGCUCUAUGUUGGCUGUUUUAUGUCCACCACGCUUUUAUUUUUGAUGAACCAUUUUAGCUGUACUAACGCAAACGUGAUGAUGCUUUGCAAGGGUGGGAAAUUUUGUCUCAUUUGAUCAUUUUCAAAAUCAGCUCUUUUAACAUGUUGAUAAUGUACUGUUUACAUUAAAUUGUACUUUCAGCUCUUUAAAUAUGUUUAAAUACUGUGCAGACAAACUGGAAUUUGAAUAGUUAAAAAAAUGAAUUGAUAUUUUAUACAAAUUACUGCAAGAACUAAUGGGGAAAAAAACUAUGCAGUAUAAGAACCGAACAAGUAUAUCUGCACAUUUACAUGGCGCUCGCAUAAUCAGAUAGCUAAAGUAUCCUGGAUUUUUAUUUUUUUAUCUGAAGAAGGUACUGCAGUCCCUGUUUUGCCGCCAUUGCCCCUCAAGUAAGCAAAAAAAAAAAACAUCAAAAUAUGUCACUUGAACCAUGGAGCGUAAAUCCAGCCUUUGUCUCAAAAAUGUAUGUCAAGAAAAAGAAAUGGUAACUCACCCUAAUUUUAUGGUGGGAACUAAUUUUAAGGAAUUGAAGUCUUUUCUAUGGGGGGGGGUGUUGGUUUUUUUCAGCUUCCAAAGGAGAAAGUCUAAUUUUCCAGAACUCCAGCAGUGUUGAUUUUCUGAUCAUUCUUAUCCAGACUUUUUUUUUUCACCUCAAUAUCCAUAUCAAACAAAUGCUCAAGGCCUGAAAAAAAAAAGUCAUAGCCAAGUGAUCAUGGCGGAGGCCCGGCCAGGAUGGCGGCCGUGUCGUAAUCAAUCGCACGGGAGCCGACAUCUGGUCAGCAAAAAGAGAUUUUGUUUGCUUGGCUGAAAGCCGAAUGUGGCGAUCGCACAGCUGGUCACCAAGAAAUUAUUAAAAAAAAAAAAAAAAAUUCAAACCAUUGCGGCAUCUAGAGCUAUUUUGGUACAACAUUUCUCAGUAUAACAGAAGAAAACAAUAAUUCCAAUUUUCAGUUUUGAACUAUCAAAUAUCGAAAACAUGCCUUACAUGCUGAUUCUUGGCAAAAAUAGUUUUUACGAUUCAAAGCAAUAUUACCAAUUUCAGAACUUGAGGCAUUUACGACACUUCAAGUCAAAGACAAGUUUCCGAUGCCAAAAUAAUUGAUCACCAAUAAACAUCCAUCCAUAUUUCCUUUAACUUGGUUGUUAGCAAGUUGAGAAAAUUGUUUUUCUCAAUUUUUCCGCAAGCCCCAGCACCCCCACUGAAAUCUUUUAGUGCCCCCACUCGGGUAAGUGCGGCUCACAUAGGAUUUUUAAUUUUAUUUU